AUGGCCAAGCGUGAGCUGGAGGUUUUGCGAGAUGCGCAAGAAGCAGCAUCUCAAAGAGUCCAGGAUCUGGAGUCCGUGAAUGCUCAGCUCGAGAAGCGAAUCGAGCAGGUGCAGGCCGACAUCGCAGCCCUGCGCAAGGGCACCGUGGAUCUUCGAAGUGAGGAAGAUCUCAUGCGAGAGGUCAUCGUCACACAAAGUGAGCAGCUUCUGCGCAAAGUAGAAGACCUCACAGCUGAAGAGAAACUGGCCGCCGAAGAUCGGAGGCACUUGUUGGAAAGGGCAGCCCGCCUCGCAUCUGAGGUGGAGCGAGCCGAGGCUCGCAUAGCAAAGCAGUCGGAGCUCGAGGAGCAGUGUGCUCAACUCGAUGCUGCGCAGCAGACCCUGAGUGCAGAAGUCGAGCGGCUUCGUCGGACCAACGAUGCCUUGUGUCAGCAGGUGUUGGGUUCGGAUGGCGAGGGCCCUUUUGCAGGCGCGCUGCAGGAGGUUUCCUUGCUAGACGGAGAGGAGGACCAGGCGAUGCGUGAUGAGAUCGGUCGAUUGGUCCGUGGGCAGCUCCUCCUCACAAGCCAAUCUGGAAGCGUGAAGGGGGAUGCAGCUGCUCUUGCCUUGAGACUGCAGCAGCUCCUUGCUGAGCGCGAGGAGGCAUUCUGGGUGGAACGCCAGCGCCUCUCCGACCACAUAUCCUCCCUGGAGCGCACCCAGAAUGGUCGCACCAGCAAUCUCCUGCGACAGUACGACGCGGCUGUACGUGCUUCUGGUGGCAGUGGGCCAAAGGCGCCUGGCUUGGCCGGGGCUCCCGCCGCUGCAGCAGCGGCAGUCACUGGCGUUGCCCGUCGUCUACGACAGACGAUUGGUGCCUGA